CUCAUCCUUCUUAAAACUGUAGAUAUAAAAAAGAUUAACUUUAUUAGCAGGGAACCCUUUCUGGAUAAACAAUAUCUUAAAAAAAUAAUUAAUUACUGUAAAAAAAUUCUAUAUCUUAAAUCAGUCUUUAUUAUUAUAAAUAAUAAUUUAAUUACUAGAAAAUUCCUCGCCAGAUAUGCGCGUAAUAUUGAUAUUCUGGCUAUUUUCUAUACUUUUUUUAAUAAAUAUAUUAAUAUUAAGAUUAACCGGGGAUCCAGUAACCAAGUUUUAAAACUUUAUAAAAUCCAGGAUUUAUACUAUAAGCAUGAUAUUAAUUUUAAACUUAAUAUUAUAGUUUACUAA